AUGUUCCCGCCCGAAUACCCGUUUGCCCCCCCGGCAAUCCGCAUGCACACUCCCAGCGGUCGCUUUCAACCAUCAACUCGACUGUGCCUCAGCAUCAGCGAUUUUCACCCAAAGUCCUUCAAUCCCGCGUGGGAGGUUUCUACCAUUCUCAUAGGGUUGCUCUCCUUCAUGACAAGCGAGGAGAUGACCACCGGGAGUGUAAGUGCUUCGGAGGCGGAACGACGAGUGCUGGCAGCGCGAUCUAGGUGGUGGAAUUCUACCGGCGGAGGCUCCCAUAUUAGCGCGACUCCGGGAGUGACCCCCACUGCCAAGGGCAUAAAUAAUGUCAAGGCUGGAGACGGAGGCCUGAAGUUUCGCGCCGAGUGGCCUGAGCUAGAUCAGGAUAACUGGAGAUGGAUGAAGGAUAGUCGCAUCGACACGAAUACCGGCCAACUGAUGCCUGAUCCUAGUCUUGCGACUAGAUGCUCUCCAGAGACGAGUGCGCUGCGCCGGCGACCGAACGGUAGCGCACCCGGACUUGGUGCCGUGAUGGAGGGCGGUCAUGUCGCCCGAGAAGCUGGCCAGAGUUGGGUCCGACGCAACAAAAUCUGGCUUGGCUUCGCGAUCCUACUUGGUACAAUGGGUUGGUUUUGGGCAGACUCUCAACCCAGGCCGACGCCCGCGGCUGCAAAAUCUUUGGCAUCCUCAGAUGCCUCUCCUCCACCAGGAUGUCCUAUGCACGCAUCUAAUACUGCCCCGGCUUUGCCAACCCAAUCCGCCUCUGAGAGUUCAAGUGCCUGUCCGGUCCGGUCCACCGACUCCCCGUUCUAUGUGCCUCCGAAGUCUAAGUCACCGGAGUCGCAGCCUCCCUCAAACCCAGAAUCGCGCCCCACGCUUUCGAAGCUGAACCCUCUUAACUACAUGUUCUCCUCAAUCUCCCAGGAAAGAGCGCCAAACCAGACUGUGGAUCUUCCCGUGGAACGAGAAAUUUCAUCUAUACCCAGGUCCGACAUGGAUGAGAACUGGGAAUAUCCUUCUCCCCAGCAGAUGUACAACGCCAUGUUGCGCAAAGGGUAUACCGAUACCCCUCAGGACGCCGUUGAGGCAAUGGUCGCGGUUCACAAUUUCUUGAAUGAGGGCGCUUGGGAUGAGAUUGUCCGGUGGGAGCGCAUAUUCUCCAGAGGUCUGGCGCAAGGUUGGGAUAAGUGCCGUCGUGGAGAGGAGAACCUUGCGAUGGAUGAGCUCAGGGAGGAAUUGGCUGGACCCGCCAAGCAGGAUGUUGCACCGCCGCGGCUCAUCCGAUUUAAGGGUCGUCCGCAAGAGCUCACACCCAAGGCACGGAUUCUCCAGGCUCUGGGCUGGGUGUACCCAUCAAAGUUUGAAACAAGCCCACCUUUUGAUAGACAUGAUUGGUUCGUAAUGCGGCAGACACCGUCGGGUCAGAAAGAGGUCCGUUAUGUUAUUGACUACUAUUCUGGACCUCCCGAGCCAACCGGCGAACCUGUGUUCUACUUGGACAUUAGACCUGCUCUAGACACGCCAACUGCUGCCGUUGAGCGGCUAAUGAGAUGGGGAGGAGAUGUAUGGUGGCGCGCCAGCGGCUCCUCCGCGCGGGAAAACAACGGGAACUGA